AUGGCAGCCAAGAUGGACAACGCCAACGCCAGCUCUGCCGAGCAAAAGUUCUUUACUACGAUGUUCAAGUACCUUCCCAAGGGCAUCGACAUGGAUUGGGAAGAGUUCUCCAAGGAGAUGGGAUACAAGGACGCUAGUGUCGCCAAGGACCGCUUUGGACAGAUUCGUCGCAAGUACGCAGUUGGCCAGCCCGCAACCAGUUCUUCCACCUCUCCCUCGAAGGCUGGCGUCCGCAAGGCCACCAAGGCCAAGGCUUCUCGAAAGGGUCGCGCCAAGAAGCAAGCCGCGGGUUUCGACUACGGUGAUGAUGACGACGAGAAGAAGAGCAUCACCAAGGGCGGAUCCCAGGAUGAUGAGAAGGAGAAAACCAUCAAAGGAGAUCGUCGCCGGGGCAAGAACGGCUCCAUUAAGAAGGAGGCUGUUUCUGAUGACGAGAACUAG